UCAUAGGGAAACGCCAAACAGUAUCCUGUGUCCAUGGUGUUGAUUACACGUGAAGGGUAAACUAUCGCGUACUUAUCAGUUUCCCCCAGACGAUAUUUUUAACCUUAAUAUUUGAAUCAAUUCAUUUAUACCUAUCUGAGUGAAAUCCGAUCCAGUUGAAACGCUGCGGCACGCGUCCCAGAGAGCGACUUCCAUAUUUAGCACAGCUACACGGUGCACGUGACUGCCUGUAGUGGAGCUAUCUUCAAUUUUCUCGAGAUGAGCGCUGGAUACCGUUAGCAUCUGUGAGGAAAGGAAAGGGGACCAAAUGUGUUUGUUGGCUGUUUGAUUAGGAAAAGCAAAUCCUAAGCAUUGACCCCAGAUAUUGUACUGCUGCUGUGACUUCCCUGCCUUCAUGUCAUGCAGGGAAAUUACUGAUAUAACAACAAAUGAAUAUCGAAGAGACAAAACAGUCCAGUUUCAGAUCGGAGAAGCAGAAAUUAAACCAGAGUCCUCGCCAUGGUAGAACUGAUCUCCUGAGAUUGAACCACAGUUCCUGACUAAGUACUUCCCUCAAAUGACCAUGACCUUGCCAGAUUACGUCAACGUCAUCUUUGGACUCAUCUGUGUUAAUUUGCUCAUUGGUGCUCAAGCUGUUACAGUGUACAUGAAUGAAUAUGCUCAUUGCAUCAAAAAGGACUUUACCUUGGAUGGGGAAAAGUACACUGUGAAUGCCAAAGGAGGAAACUUUCGUCAUGAAACUCUUGUUUGUGAUUUGACAUUCCGAGCCCGUUCGGCACAUGCAAUCUGUAUUACAUUUGACGAGUUUCAUAUUAACGACUGUACAGUGAAACUGAAAAUAUUUGACAAGAACACAUCAUCAGGAAGAUCGUGGCGAACAUUAACAUGUGAAGAUGACAGUCCAAAGCAGAUGUGCACUGGAGCUAGAUAUGUCACUGUUCAGUUGACAAAGGAGAAACUCAAUAAGAAUAAAAAUUACAAUUUUCAACUUCAUAUACAAGAGAGUGAUUCCUCAUUCACUGGAGAGGAUGUAUUUUUUGCAUCUAUUGGUAUAUUUGUGGCCAUCAUUGUUGGAGUCAUUGUGCUUAUCAUCAUCAUUGCGGUGGCCAUCAUCUGCUGCUGUUGCAAAAAAAAGAAACGGGAGAGAGGACCCCAGUACCAGGCAACAUCCACCGCUCCUCCACCACAGGUUCAGCCAUCAGCUCCCCCAGCACCAACAGUGCAGACAGAUUACUUUGCCAAUCAAAACAUGUAUCCCGCCAUCCCCCCUCAGUACCAUCCAUCAGAGGCUCCUCCCCCUUACAGCACCCAUGCCCCGGGCUACAGCCAUCCUGGAUAUGCCACACAGCCCAUGUACCCAGUGGAUCUGGAUACCAAGCAGCCCAUGGUUUAGGAAAGCACAGCUGCUGUAAACAGGAAUAUCUGUUGAUAUAUGUGCAAUUUCGGAGAGUAUCCAUGACUGAACACUUAUAGCUGGACAACAUUUAUCAAAUAUCUGACAGUAGUUUUGCAUGGAUAUAAUCUUUUAUUGAGAAGAAAAAAUAUCUUAGUGAUUUCAGAUGAGGUUUUCUAUUGGAAAGAAAUUAUGAAGACACUGGUUAUGAUACAUCAGUGAAUCUCCCAAUCAGUCAUACAAUAACCAGCAUAGUUUCAGGGUCUACCAAGCCAAGGGAAAGGGUGAUUAGCAAUCCUUCCAGGUUUGGAGUAAUUCCUUCAUAUACAUUUAUUUAUUCAAAACUUGAACUGUCUGGAUGAAGCCCACUGUAGACUGGACAUUGAAAGUGAAAUAGUCAGCUGAGAACAUUUAAUUAGAAGAGAAUCCCUUCAAGAUUCUGAAGUUAUUUGAAAAAAUUGAUUAAUGGCAUGACUACUGCAGCAGAGUUCCCUCAACCACAGUUCUUGCAGACACAGGGGAUAAACAACAUGCACAUCUGAACAUCACAGAUCCAUUUGUCAGCUGCUUGUUACAGUGUGAGAGAAGAGUAUAGGAGUAGGUAUCCCCCUAGUUAGUAAGUAAACUUGGUGCCACUCGGAUGCCUGCACAACAUACAGAAUAUUAACUGAUAAAGUAUCAGUAUACAAUCACUUUUAAGUUUCAGAUGUCAUGCAGAAGCUUUUUCCAAGAAUGAGGCACAGAUAUUCCGCUUGAAAUGCACAUACAGGCAUUUAGACAUAUUUCCUAUGUUGUUCCUUUUGUGGUGACCUGACAUUGAUUACAAAGCCUAGUAUAUUCCCGUGGUAUCUAAAUUAUGUAUACAUAACUUCCAGGCCAUAUGAUCUUGUUGGAAUCUUUGGACACAAAACCACAGAGUCUGUUACAAAUAGAUAUUGAAGAGUUAUCAUCCUUCAUAAUGGAUAUACGGCAGAGAAAUAAUUUUGGGCACAUAUAUCUUUUUGAUAUCAUUAAUUUAUGAUGAUUUGUACACACCAUUAUACUACGACAGAUCGCCAUUUGCCAGAUUCUGUCGAGUAAAUAAUAAAGUGUGAGUUAUUUUAUACUGAGAGUCUUUUCGUUUCAAAUUUACAGGAGACUAAUUGUUGAAAAUAGAUGAAAUAAUUGUACUGUGACUUUAUUAUGUACAUGUAGUCACAUUUGUAAAUAAACUUCAUAUUGAGAGACGAAAUAAUCAAAGAAGUAGACGUUUAAGAGUACCAGUAAAAUGUUUCUGUACAUGUCAUUUCAUGGUACUUCAAUAUCCAACAUGUCAUUGUCAUAGUAUAUUCGGUAACAAGUCACCUGCUUACUUCGGUAUAUGUAUGUAGAAAUGCUUUUGUGUAUGUUUAUGUAUUUAAGAAAUUGACAGCUAUUCAUUUGAUUUUGAAUAAGAUACAUUUGGUUUAUUGAAAUUUGAAGAUAAUAACUAAUGAAGAUAUCAAUAAAUUAUUUUUUGUUUGAAUGGAAUUAUAGAUAUUUUGAAUGACCUCUGAAGGGAUAACAUCUGUUUUACCACUAAAGGGCUGCUACAAAGCAUAUUGCCUGAUUGCUAUCCAAAACGCGUAUAGAAACUUCCUAGGGAAAUGGCGUCUUGUGUCAUUUCAUGGUGCAGAAGGGGCUCAGCAAAGGCAGACAUUUUGCCUUCAUAAGGCAGACAUGUUCACCGAAGUUAAAUCUGUAACAAAUGUGUGCUGUGAACAGAGUGGUUGUAUGUUACCAGGAGUGUAUUCAGCAUUGUGUCUUGACAAGCAGACAUUAAUGUGCAAUAUGCUUGUCUAUAUUCUCUGGCUGUGGGACCAAAGAACUCUGUUAAGCUCAUUCUUUUCUCUUUUUGAGAUCUACAUAUGUUUGUUUUUUUUUGACCUGAGUACCUCAGACCAUGGGUAUAUUGUUCGAGGUAGUCUGUGAUGUUGGACAGACAGUUCAGUGGCCAAAAAAGCCCCACAUAAAUAAUUUAGACAUGCAGAACUUUUCUCAACUCAUUUUAUAGUCUAUUAUUUCUGUUGGGCCUCUAGAUAUGCCUUCAGUGUAUGCUCUAUAUUGUUGCCCAAAUACUUUCUUCAUUUGUUGGCACAUUAGAUGCUUUAUGACUUCACUUUCCAUUUUUGGGUGUACAAAGUUGUUUCUACUGCAGGGCUUGCUUCUCACGAAUUUAGCUGACAAAACUAUACAUGAUAACAUAUCACCCCUAUACCAACAUGCAAUGUAUUGAGAUAGUGUUGUUGAGGAGUGUUCAUCACCAGUGCUCAACCUCAUCACACACUGCAUGUAUCCCAACAGGAGAAAUCAGAAAUGAUUGAAUGAUAUGUGUAUCAAAUUCUUCAAAAUGAUUGAACACUACGUAAAAAUACAUUCAAUCAUUUUUAGCAUAUUUUGUAAAUACUAAAACAUUCUUUAUUUCUCAUGGCAUGUUGAGAAGUGUAGGCUUGCUACGAAAGGCGCUAAUAUUUGAACAAUAUGUCACCUACCUGCAUGCUGGUGACAUGCUUGGGGCUAAGUGUCAUUGUAUAUACCAUUUACCUUGCCUGAAGCUUUACCCAGGUGCUAAUUAGGUCCAUGUCUUGGACAUUGGAAAUUGGUAUGUUUUCACUUGAAAGUUAAAAAAAGUUAAAGCAUCAAUGUUUUAUCAAACCAAGACAUGUUCCUUGAAUAUGGAAUGGCAAUGCGAUAGAAUAAUCAGUCUUUUGUUAUCUACCAAAGCGAUUCCAUUGGGUGUAAAAGGCAAAAUAGUGAUGACAUUAUAUGAAUCUUAUCACUGAAAAUAAAUUAUGACAUGAGGUGUUCAAUCUCAGGUUAUUAAUUUCAUGUUGUACUAAUUCAUGGCAGAAACAAUGCAUUUGCUCGUUUCUCAUCCUAUCACUUGGGUCAUUAAUUGUUCAGUGUAAUCCAAUUGUGUUUUACAAUGCAGAUACCAUAAUGCAUUUAGACAUGUAUAUUUGAAGGAAUAUCCCAAACAGUGUAUAGUCCAUGGGUCUUAUACACUCAUACAUUUAUUGAAUGCAAAUGUUUAGUGCUGUAAAUGUGUCAAUGUAUGUGUUUUAAUUAGUUAAAAACAUUGGCUCAGAAUGACAUUGUGCAAUUGUGAUAAGUAAUUGAGCAGAGAUCUACAAUUCUUUUUGAGUUUUAUGUGGAUAGGAUAGCAGGUUUUCCAUUUUUCAUUUUCACAUUAUUAUAAAAAACAAACUUAUAUCAAACAUCCCCACACACGCAGUUGUGGAUAUUUUUAGCUCACUUGUUUGAAAGUCAAGUGAGAUUAUUUCAUGGCCUGUUUGUCCAUCUUCCAACGGUCAUCUUCACCAAAACCAUUUCAGCAACACAGCAGGAACUUGAGUUCCCACCAGUGAUGACACCCUAAUUUGAUAUUGAUGUUCUGAUCUGAUUUUCAAUAUGGCAGCCAUUUGGAAAACACCAUUGUUGCUAGAAGUCACCAUUUUUGUUCAAAAUGAAAUUAAAUAUGGUAUAUAUGUUGUUAGUAAAGAAUCUCAACACAUACGUUCCGUACUUGUAUUAUUUCACAUUUUGACCUUUCUAUGGCAUUUGUAUUUUGCCCAUGCUCCUAAAUUCUCUCAGUUGCAUUCUUCUCUGUAAAUAUCAUCUCAUCAGAACCGACAGGACCAAUGAAGCUGCUCUUUGUGUGUAAAAUUCCUACCAACACAAAAUCUCUUUGACAUUGUUGCCUGGAAUCCUGUAGUUUUGCUGUCAUCACACUUUAAAAAUCUUCAGAUCUUAAAAAGAAGUCCUCUUUACUGUCAACUAUCAUAACUAGUAGAGAUACUAAUAGCAUCGCCCUUACUAAGCAUCUUGACCAUGCACAGCCAUUAAGUGCACAGGACUUCUAACAGGGAUUAACACGACCAGUAUUGUUACCAACAUGUCUGCACAGAGCACAAAGAAGCAGGCUGCUAGUUACCAGCUUUGACACCAUGAUUACUGGUACAUCAGAUUUGGAUCCAACUUCUGUUCAACCAGAGACUUGGAAAGAUCAAGGAUGUCCAGAAGAGACGAGCCAUCUAACAUUCCUACAUUUCCCUGAUGUGGGAAGUAGGACCGUCUCCACAGGCAGUGGCCACACCAUACACAGUUAAUGUCCCAGGUGCUGUGUGAUGAUCCAAAUCCCUUACAUCACUGGUUCUAAAACCCAUUUAACAAUUGUGGGCACACAUUGCAUGUGCAAUCCAUUGUGCUAAACUGUCUGGACUCAAUCCGUCCAUGGAUCAAAAUCUGAUGUAAUCAUGGUGCCCAGACUGGUAACUAACAGUCAGCUACUUUGUGCUCCGUGCUGCCAUGUUAGUAACUGUGGUGACCAUCGUGCCCUUCCUUUCUGUGCAUGGGCAAGAGGCUCAGGAUGGGAGAGACUGAUAGUAUCUCUCAACUACAUAUGGAUAGUUGACAGUGAAGAGGACAUCUGUUGAAAAUCUGAAGAUUUUUGUAGUGUCAUGAAAGCCGAAAUACAGGAUUUCAGCCAAGGAUGUUAUAUAGGUAGUAUUCUUAGAAUUAUUAACAAUGAUACCUAUUGUUUGAUGUUUCUUCUUAACAUGACAAAUUGUUUGAAUUUCUUGUUAAAAUAUUGCAAAAUUCAAAUUCAUUUGUCUUCAGUAUUGAUACAGAUACUAUAAGCAUCCAUCUUUGUUGACAUUAUUAACUAUCAAAUAUUCAGUGGACCUACAGUGCCAUGGCAUCAUUUUAUUAAAUCUACCAUUAUAAAUUUACAUGUUAUGAAAGAAACUGUUUGCAUAUUUGGAUAGAGAACCUGUGAAUGAGUUAUCCACCCUGAUUGAGACAUCUGUCAGCAGCUCCUCCAGUAUUUAUUGUGUUUAGUUGAUUGGUUGUGAUACCAGCUUUGUGCAAUUCAUUUUUAGUAUUUUAUGUUGAAUUUGAUUUGUUUUUUUACAUUAAUUAUGAGAAUGUUUGUCAUUAUCAGUUGUCCAUAUUGUGGCUCUCAGUAAUUAUUUAUUUGCAUGUUUUUAUUAGGCCAGACCAAGUUAAUUAUUUCCUCAUGGACAAGUUGAUGUCCAAGGUAUACAGAAUACUUAAGUGUUGAAUUGUUGGUAAACAUAUUUAAGAGAGCACACAUGCAAGGGAUAUACCAACAGUGGCUUCGUCCAGGGGAGGCUGUAAGGGGCAUAGGUAUUAGACUGAGGAAGACCAUCAUUUUUGGGGAUAUGUCAGCACUAUGAGGGCCUCAAGAUGGACAGAAUGUAUGGUAUUUAUUUUAUUGUAUUCAAAGCUCAGAUGUUUCAUCCACAUGGUUUGAAUUGACAUAACUGACAAACCACUUGCAUAAUAUUUGUUGAGUUUAUACUGAAGUGAUGGAUACCCAUAUUCAGUCAGUUGUUUACUUGAAUAUUUCCUUAGUUUUGUUUUAUUUAGUAAUCGUUUCUGGUCGAGGGUCUGAGAUACACUGUAUCAAGGAACAAGAACUGUCAAUAAAAGAUGACAACAUA